ACACACGGGAGAGAAAAGAGGUGUGUAACUGACGUGUGUAAUGAAUUUUAUUACUACAUUUUAACAGCUCAGAUCAAAGCCACCCAGGUUGCAGAAGAGCAGAAUGCAGUAAAAUGGCACUGGAUCAGUUCAGCGAGGUGGUCCAGAGAUGCCAAGCCGUCCAGGACGAGAACUACUCUCCGGUCGACUUUGACGUGUUCCAGACUGCAGGGAGAACCUGUAUAGAGCAGGGCUACGGUGCAGACGUCCUGAGUAUUGUCGUAGAUGAGAAAAAUAAGAACGUCGUACGAUGUAUGGGCUGGAACCUGCUGGAGCCUCUGCUCAAGGUUCUCCUGAAAAAAGAAGACAGGAACCUUCAUCACUGCCGUGCCAUCUUCACCUACUUACUGGAGGUUUGCAGCCCUAAGGAGCUGCUGUUGGGACUGUUGGAGCAGGUAGAGGAAGCCGAUUCUGAUGCCGUCGCUGAAACCAUUCUUCUCCUGCUCACACCAUUACAAACAGUGCUGCUGAAGCUGGGGAAGAAGAAGAGCUCGUCGGUGGGCAUGACCCUCUCCACCGUGCUCGAUCAGGUCGCCAAACUCCCCGUCCCUCUGAGCAAAGAGCAGGAGGAGGACGACGUGUUCGGCCUGUGCCGCUGCUGCAUCGCGAUGCUACGUUUCGUCAAGCCCUUCGUAGACGAGAUCAAGGAGAAAGUGAAACACUGCGGCGUCUACAGGGACGACGAGCUCCGGGUGGAGAUCCUGAAGUUCUGUAUGAAGAGUCUGAGCGAGCCUCUGCUGGAGGUGCAGCUGAAGGAUCCAGAAACCAUGCCGUCCUCUCCACUCAGAGACUUCGCCACUGAAAUCCUGAUCAUUCUGUCCAGCAUCGGCGAGUCGCUCCCGGAUUUGCUGUGCCACAACCUGCUGAGGAAGAGAGAGGUGCCCGGGUUCCUGGAGGAGGAAGUCCGAUAUCCGAAAGAGUCGUUAGCCAGCCUGGCGCAUUUAAUCUUCGUGCACCACAUCGCUAUAGACAUUUUUCCUGCGGUGCUCAGCCCAGUCUUUGUCCUGCAGUGCAACAUGGAAUAUGUUGAGCUCCUCCUCAGCAGGACUGAAGAGUCACGGCUGCAGAAAGGACUGGAGCUGUACGAGAAGACUCUGGUGAGAGUGGAGAACAGCAGCCUGCCCGUCGACCUUCUGGAGCUAAAAUCGUUUCUCAGUGUUCCACAGAACUUGGUAAAAGUGAUGACGCUGUGUCCAGUUCUGCCUCUGAGGACGAAGGGACUCGCGGUGUUCCAGCUGAGUAUCGACAAGUUCAGCACAGAGGCCAAAUACAAGUUCUUCAGGUGUAUGCUGAGGACCAGCGAGCACGCAGGGGUGGAGGGGUACAUCAUCAAGAACAUCAAGAACCAGAUCGACCUCGCGAUGAAGCCGGGUCACGAGAACGACUGGUUCCUGGGGAAACAUCUCCUGCCGUUACUGCGACAAGUCCUGACUCUUCCUCAGGGACCAGAAACCGACCUGCUCCAUAAUUUAGACAGGAUCAUGGAGUCUCUGAACAUGCUGCGAUAUCUUCUGAUCAGAGAUAAAGAGUGGGACAAUCAGACAGGGAUCUGGACUGAACUGUACAGGAUCGAGGACGCCUACCUGAAACCCCUGCGUACGGGAUUGAACAUGUCCAGGGCUCAUUACGAGGCCGAGCUGAAGAGAACGAGAGAGAGCAAGAAGAACAGCGGCGCAGAAAUGAAAACUCCAGCCUGCACGGUUACUGUUGGCACCGAGAUGCUGCCCAGCAUGACCCCAGAAAUGCAACUCCAGGUCCUCCACUCGGCCCUGCACACGUUCGAUCUGAUCGAGAGCGUCCUGGCCAGGAUCGAGGAGCUCUGCGAAUCGAAAGGGAGGACAUAACGUGGACUCGGGUGGAGGCUGAUGGGUCGCUGGCAGGACGUGAAUCACCCGAUCAUGAUCUGACAGAAGAACCACUCGGUGUAAAUCACUCAUCUGUAGUAGCCGAACUACCAAACGGCGGACGUCUCAUCGCCGCUCACGCGAUGCCACGCCCGUCAGGAUCUCACACUCGUGUUUCUCAUUCCGAUCAAAGCCAUCAUGUAGCAACAUAACACAUUUAAAAAUAAAACAUCACCAAUCACAACUGAUCAGAUCAUUAUUAGUCGUUACAAACAAACCCGGACCGUCGAUGCACGACCGCGCUGAUCGAUGGAGACGAGCCGUCGGAUGAUUGAAGGAAUCAGAUUUUGGGGGCGAGUUCACCGUAAUCAGCUCACCUGGUGUACGACAGAGUAAAGAAAUAAAACCAUAGAAGUCAACACCGCACAUCAAGAUACAUAAAUCGCACUGGAUGUAAACGAUAUAGAAUUUAAUGCCUGGUUCACACGACACGACUUUUGCCCCGAUUUGCCCGAGAUGACUCUUGGUUCGACGACUCGAGAAAAAUAUCUAGCAUGUUAAAUAUCUGGAUCGGUCGUGCCGCAGGAUACGGGGUGAGGGGAAACCCAGGGGAGGAGUGUAAAAACGCGGGACAGGGGCGUAAUAUAGUUUCUAUCAGAACACAUUAACCUCCAACGGGCGGCACGGUGGCUAAGUGGGUAGCACUGUCGCCUCACAGCAAGAAGGUCCUGGGUUCGAUUCCCAGGCGGGGCAGUCCGGGUCCUUUCGGUGUAGAGUUCGCAUGUUCUCCCCGUGCCCGCGUGGGUUUCCUCCCACGGUCCAAAGACGUGCAAGUGAGGUAAAUUGGAGAUACUAAAUUGUCCAUGACCGUGUUUGAUAUUAAACCUUGUGAGCUGAUGAAUCUUGUGUAAUGAGUUACUAACGUUCCUGUCAUGAUUGUAACCAAAGUGUGAAACACGACGUUAAAAUCCUAAUAAACAAACAAACAAUUAACCUCCAACUCACGACAGAACAGAACAGACGAUCCCCGCCGGGCGUGCAGCCCAAUCCACUCGGAAUUAUUUAUUUUUCCUACCUGCUUUUACUCUGCAAAACAACUUUGAUCGCUUGAUUAUUGUUGACGUGCAUUUUUCGACGUGGUAUCGUUGAACCCGGUGAUAGAUGGCGUAGUGUGUGACCCCCUAUCGCAGAUCAGUCGUGUAGUGUGAACUUGGCAUAAUGCAUCAGUGCGUGGGUGUGUUUAAAACACAAAAUCAGCAUCGGACUUCUACAAUGACGCGUCUAUUUCUCACUACACUCGUUCUGAUAUUUCCAAUAGUUACUGUACAAACUGUAUAAAUGAUCAAUACAUUCUGGUGUCUGUGGCGACCUUUCCCUCUCAGUAGCAGAAUUGCACCGACAGUCACAUAACCGGCACGGAACCGAUGCACAUUCGAUAUGAAAGUGUCGACACGAGUCGGAUAAUAGUUACAGAUGGAAUGUCAGGAGAGACGGCCUGGAGGUGUCUGAGAUUUAGUCCUUUAUUAAAGCUCCUUUUUCUA